GGGAGCGUCGCCAAUCGGCGCCGGCCCUUGUCUCCGCGUUCCGGAGUCGAACUCAGCGCGGCCGGGGGAUCAGCGGCCCGGACGCUGCCGGGCGGGUAUGGGUUGGAAUUGGAGCCUGUCUUCGUACCUGACUAUAAACAGCACCAUGUGGUUACUAACUGCUCUUCAUUCAUCUAUUGAUGCCUCCCAGAAAAAAACGCCGCCAAACGUCCCGAAAAGCCCAACUGCAGUUCCACCAACAGCCACUGGAGGGCCCCAAACACCAGUAUGGAUCGCCGCAGCUUCCCAUCACCCACACUAGACAGGUGCCCAGCAAGCCCAUUGAUCACAACACCAUCACUUCCUGGGUAUUACCUCAGUUUGAUACCACAGCAGAUAGCUGGUUCCUAUCCAACAGGAGAUGGAAACGUCAUCAUCAAGACCAGUCAAGACGUUCAAGUCGAAAAACUACCACCUCCAAGUUUGCACAUCUAACAUUUGAGAGUCCACAGCCUUCUUCCAGUCCAACUACACUUGGAAGCCCCUUAAUCCAGGAGUGUCCCAAUCAUUCAGAAAAGGACAUUUCCAGAAGAGCCUUAGUUCCAAUGCUCAGUCCUCAAAGCUGUGAGGAACUGUCAGCACAUGCACUUCAAAACUUACCUUAUAUAUUCAUUGCACCCGAUAUCCAGACCCCAGAGUCAUCUUCUGUGAAGCAGCUGCCUGCUCCCCCAGAUCAGGGGGAAAGCAGCCUGCCAGGCUGCUCCCGUCACACUAGCACUCCUGAGAGCCCGGAGCCUGGGGCAGUUCUGGUUGAAGACACUCCCGAGGAGAAGUAUGGUGUAAAGGUCACGUGGAGGAGACGGCAGCGCCUGUUUACUUACCUCAGGGAGAGAGGGAAGCUGAACAAAAGUCAGUUCCUUGUGAAAAACUGAUGGGAUGUCUCAGACAUCAGUAAUCGCAAGGAAUUGAUUGCUGGUUUUCAUAGAGGUGAUAAAGUCAUUUUUCUGGGUCACAGAAGAGUACAUCAAUAGAACAAAGUAAAAAUAACACUAAUCAAUAGAAAAAGGGCAUUUUAGCUAAAGCCUUGGAGUCAUAGGGAAUUCGGUUCCCAGGUUUGCAUUUUAAAAUACAGUUUUUAGUGUCAUAAACAGUUCACUUUAUAUUUUUCUUGUAUGAACUGUUAAAAUUUUUUAAAUAUCUUGUAGUAACUGUUUAAGAUGUGUAUAAAUAAAUGGUUGCAGAAAGUUUUUAGGGAACCCUUCUUGCCAAUAAUGCAGCAUUGCCCCCUCCACUAAAGUUCUUUCUUAAUUGUAUGCUUUAACCACUAGUCAUUAAUCCUUUAAUCACCUUGUUCAAACUAAUUCAUUCCGAAUUUCUGAGUGCCAGCUCUGGCAGGCUCAGUGGCAGCUUCCUCUAUGACUCGAUAGAUGGAAAAAAAAGCAAAGCAAACUCUGACUUUAUAGUUGAACUGCCAUCUGUGCAACCUCGGCUCUUCGGCAGAAAGGCAAGAGGAGGAAAGGGCAGCAAGCCCUGUUUUAGUGACUAUGGUGGAAUCCUGGAGGUAAAGGGGCCAUGGGAAAGUUUAGGUUUGCUGUGUUUUGAUUUUU